AUGCAUAUUUUGCCAUAUGUUGGGGCAGAGACUAACUUGGAAUUCCCUGACAUAUUAGGGGUCGGCAUUACAGGAAGAGUUGUGCUUACACUUCUUGAACCCUACUUUGGUCUGGGACAUAAAGUGUAUCUCGACAACUGGUACGUUAGUCCAUCCCUUGCAAUGCAGCUUUAUAAGCACAAUACCAACAUGUGUGGAACGGUUCUUCCAGAUCGACAAGGUUUGCCAAAAAAACUACCAAAACUGGAAGUUGGCCAAGUGGAUGUGCACCAUACAGACGUAAUGUCCUAUGAACGGUGGCAGGAUAAAAGAGAGGUACGAGUGCUUUCCACCAUGCACAAUAGUGAGAUGCUUCCGACGGGUAAAACUAACUGGGAAACAGGACAAAUGAUACUCAAACCCAAAAGCGUUUUGGAUUACAAUUUGAAUAUGGGCGCAGUAGACAUCGGAGACAUGGAACUUUCUUUUAACGUCACUGCUAGGAAGUCCAUCAAAUGGUACAAGAAAUUGUUUUUUCAUUUUUUCGAUGUAGCAAUAAGAAAUGCUCAUAUCUUGAAGAAAGUGAGGACUGGCACUACUUCGCAUUUGUCAGAGUUUAGGAAGGAAUUGGUUAGGGAGAUCCUUGAACUACACAACCCAACACGUGCGAAACCUCAAGGAGGUCGACCUUCCCCAGGUGAAACACCCCUUCGUCUUACCCAGAGGCAUUUCCCAGAGCCUAUUCCUCCCACAGACAAGAACCCUCGACCGAGAAGAAAAUGUCAUGUAUGCAAACACACAACAAGACAGCCUCCUAAACGACAAGACACCUACUACAUGUGCAGACCCUGCGGUGAAGUCCCUCUCUGUGUACAUCCAUGUAUGAAGGACUUUCACACCCUCCGCCAUUUCUAA